CUGAUACACCCUCCCCCUCUAAACCUACAUGUACACGCUUUGAAAACCAGAAAAGCAAAAUGUUUGGAUAGAAGCUUUGUUUGGGGAGAACCGCCCACUUUUAAGUUAAUGCACAUUAGGGGCGUUAGUCUCAACAAGGUUAGUCAGUGCUGAGACAGUAAGCAAGAAGACAGACAGGCGAGGGAAAACCUAGAAGUAUCCACAGGUAACCAUGGCUGAGUACAAGCUAGAGAUGACAACGGGUGCCAUGCAAUAUGCAGGAACAUCGGACUACUUGUAUGUCACCUUAUUUGGAACUGAGGAGCAGAGUGAGCGAACUUUGAUGGACAACUAUGGCGUGGACUUUCAAACAGGGGCAACAGGGAGCUACACCGUGAAAACCAGUGUAUCUCUGGGCAAACUUCUGCUGGUUAAGGUUGAGAAGGAGAAGUAUUUAUGUCUCCCAGAAGAUGAGUGGUACUUCUCCAAAAUGGUGGUGACGACUCCAGAAGGAGAUGUCAUUCUUUACCCCUGCUACAGAUGGAUUGGUAGGGGAGAAAUGGUGGAGCUGAGAGGAGGGAGAGCAAUGAAAGCUUUUGAGGAGGAUCACCCCCUGUUGAUUGACCACAGGAAGAAUGAGCUGAUGCUCAAAAAGAGCUUGUUCGAAUGGAAGAUUAUGGCUGAAGGAAUACCCCACAUGAACAAUUUCAAUGACGUGUCUGAGCUCCCAGCUGAAAUCCGCUUCUCUGAUUCCAGAACAGCUGACAUGCGUUACUCAAAAGCUAUGACAGGUAUUGAACUCAAGGUUAAGGGGCUGCUAGGAUCUACUGCACAAUGGGAAAGCAUUGAAGACAUAAAAAAAAUAUUCUGGUAUAACAAGACAACAAUGUCAGAGUAUGUUGCAGACCACUGGAUGGACGAUGACUUCUAUGGAUAUCAGUUCCUGAAUGGAGUCAACCCCGGUGUUAUCAAGCGCUGCUCAGAGCUUCCCACAAACUUCCCGGUCACAGAGGAAAUGGUGAAGCCGUUCCUGGAAGAGGGAAGCUCUCUGCAGAAGGAAAUGGAGAAAGGCAAUAUGUUCCUUUAUGACCAGAAGAAGAUGGAUGGAAUUCCCCCUGCAGCCUAUAAUGGUGAACCUCUGCACGUGACUGCUGGUCUCUGUUUGCUCAACGUGAACCCAGACAACAAACUGAUGCCAAUUGCAAUACAGUUGAAUCAACAACCAUCUGAGAAGAACCCCAUCUUCCUGCCCAGUGACCCAGAAACUGACUGGCUGCUAGCCAAGAUGUUCAUUAAAAAUGCAGAUUGCAUGGAUCACGAAUCAGUCCAUCACUUCAUGAGGACUCACUUUCUGGCAGAGGUCUUCGCUGUUGCAGCUCUCCGCAGCUUCCCUGUGAUUCACCCAAUGUACAAGCUGCUGUUUCCACACUUCCGGCACACUCUUCACAUAAACAUUAGAGGGCGCCAACAUCUAUUAGGACCUGAUGGGGCUUUAAGUAAUAGUUCACUUGGAUUUGUUGGACUAAUGGAGCUCAUGAGAAGGGAUCUUUCUGAAAUGACCUACAGCUCUCUCUGUCUGCCGGAGAACAUCGCUGCACGAGGACUGGAGUCUAUCCCCAACUUUUACUACAGAGAUGAUGGCCUGAAGCUGUGGAACAUCAUCAAAAGCUUUGUGAAGGCGGUAGUGGAGCACUAUUAUCCCUCAGACAGUGAGGUGCAUAAAGACACUGAGCUGCAGGACUGGAUCAGUGAGGUCUUCACACAUGGCUUCUUAGGAAACAAAGCCGCAGGGUUUCCAGCAGCCUUUCAUACUGUUGAGGAAGUGGUUAAGUUCACAACCAUGGUGAUCUUCACAACAACGGUUCAACAUGCUGCCGUAAACAGUGGGCAGUAUGACUACAACUCCUGGGCCCCCAACGGCACGCUCCUUCUGCGCAAACCUCCUCCAACCACUAAGGGGCAGUCAAGCAUGAAGACGGUCCUGGAGACCCUCCCGAAUGUUGGCGAUACAGUCCAGUUGGCAACAAUGACUUGGUUGCUUUCAGACAGAUACACAGACUAUAUUCCCUUGGGAACAUACCCAGAGGAACGAUUUGAUGAGCCUGAGCCUAAGCAGAUGAUAAAGGAAUUCCAAGCAGAAUUGUCGUACCUCAGUGAAGCAAUAACAUCAAGAAACUCACAUCUUGAACUACCCUACACAUACCUGGACCCUGCAGAGAUAGAGAACAGUGUUUCUAUUUAAGCAGAUCUGCGAUUGUAUUCAUGUAUUUCUCAUCACCUAUUUUGCAUGCUGGGAGUUCAGUUAUACUUUGAAUGUAGUGUAUAAUUGCUGGGGCAGAUAGAUGAGAUGUAAUGGAUAAUUAGUAAGUUGUUGGAUACUGGUAAGAGAGUACUAGAGUAUAUCUUGGUUGUGUGAUGCUGAGCAGAAACUAAACUGACUAACACAGGAGGUAAUGGCUUAAACAUUGCUCUGGCCCCUAUUUAUCGAUUACAGGCAAAACGAUAAAAAAAAUAGGGUGAAUGUUUAUUUUAUUUAUUUCUCUACAUUAAGUGUAUUUUGUUGUAUCAGACUUUCUUAAGAUAUGAAAUGCAGCUACUGUGGGUAGCUGCAUUUCACCUACUGUGGGUCCACUAGUGUUUGUGGGGUGAAGAUCUGGAACAAUUUGAGUGAGAAGCUAAAGGGAUGUCCAAACAUCAAACUAUUUAAAAAGAGGUAUAAUGACACAAUUCUCACAAGGUACAGGGAGGAAACUGCUAAACCAUAACUGUUAUGUUCUUGUUUUGUAUUCAAUUUAUGAAUUUAUGUUUAUGAAUUUGUGUAUACAUAUGUGUAUAUAUAUACUUAUGAAUAUAUAGAGACAAUUCUCUUAAAUUGCCUGUAUAUAUUAUAUGAAUGAUUAAAUGAAUUAUUCAGGGUUAGGGUAUUCAUUUAUAUUGUAUGUUAACGUAUAUUAAGAUGUAAAAAAAAAAA